GACGAAGAAGAAGACGACGACGCCGGAAAACGCCAUUUUGUUUCGGAGCAGAGAAGCAGAAGCAUCGAGAAGCUCAGGAAGAGGUGAGAAAAGAUGGGGGGCGUUCAUAGUAUUUUUAAACUCUUGUUCAGCAAGAAGGAGAUGAGGAUCCUGAUGGUCGGACUGGACGCUGCUGGAAAGACAACCAUCCUGUACAAGCUCAAACUGGGAGAAAUUGUCACCACCAUUCCCACCAUUGGCUUUAACGUUGAAACAGUAGAAUACAAGAACAUCAGUUUUACAGUGUGGGACGUCGGUGGCCAGGACAAGAUCCGGCCACUCUGGAGACAUUAUUUCCAGAACACUCAAGGUCUCAUCUUCGUAGUGGACAGCAACGACAGGGAGCGAGUGAACGAGGCAAGGGAGGAGCUGAUGAGGAUGCUGGCCGAGGACGAGCUGAGAGAUGCCACACUGCUCGUGUUUGCCAACAAACAGGACCUGCCCAACGCCAUGAACGCAGCCGAGAUCACCGACAAGCUGGGCCUGCACUCUCUGCGCAACCGCCACUGGUACAUCCAGGCCACGUGCGCCACCAGCGGGGACGGUCUCUAUGAAGGCCUGGACUGGCUUUCAGUCCAGCUGAAGAGCGCGAAAUGAUGCGCCUGGUGCCCCCCCAGCCCCCUGCCCCUCCCCCCCUUCCCCCCGCCUGUCAGCGUGUCUGCAGUGUUCUGGGAGACUGCACUGGUCCUGGUCUUAGACUCUCUCCUCUUUUCUUUCCGUUUCCUCCGAAGCAUUGAACCUCUGGCCAGUGCUUUUCCUGCAUCUUGUGUACUGUGUGGGUUUGUGUGGAUGGAUGUGUGUGAGCUGAGUGGGAGAGCCCCCCCCCCCUACUCCCUCCCCUCGCUGUGCCUUUUGAACGGCAGUCGGCUCUGGAGUGGCCUCGUUGCUGUGGCGUCGGCUCCGAGCCCCUCAGAGGCGAGGCGUGGAGCGCCGUCGUCGUCUGUAAAGAGAACAACCAAAAAGGUAACGGUGGUUCACGUUCUGCAUUUACUUUGUCACAUCGAAAGCCAUUUGGAGAACUGCUUAGCAUGAUUAUAUGCACCCUGCGAAGACGCACAGGGGACUGAAAUGUAACUUAUUUCAGGUUUGCAAGAAAAAAAAAGACAUGACCUCUUGGGGCAGUUUCUGUUCUUUGUGUGCUGCAGGACCUGUUAAUGAGCUCAGAAUUUAUCUUCAAUUCUUGUAGAGAAAAUGUAUCUUUUAGUUAAAUAGACAUUAAAUCUGGUGACUUUAUGCUUCUCAUGGGUGUUGAAACCAUUUGUUUGGCUUUAGACAAGGCAAUAAUAGUGGAUGUGCAUGUUUACAUGGGUGGAGGGGUGUAAGUGUCGCUGCAGCCAGAGGCUCCAUCCAGCCCGCUGCAACCACAAGGCCUUUAUUUCUUUAUUUUUUUUCACUGGUAGACUUUAUACUCUAUUUUUUCUUUUCUUUACGUGUAUGUACCUUUGCUUCGGUUAGAUGUUGCGUUCGAUUGAUCCACACAUGACCUGGUUUAGUUUAGCGUGAGCCGAAGUGACAGGUGUGCCGUCCUCGCCGAGGGAGAAAGCUCCGGGGACCAACUGCUCGCUGUGUUCAGGUUUCCAUUCAUCCAGGAGCAGCAAGGUCUCUCACACACACACACACACACACACACACACACACACACCCUCGAUCUCCUCAUCAGGGAAGUGAUUGACGGUACAUUUGGGUCGAAGGUGUAUCAGUCUGUACUGUAAAGGCUUCAGGAUAUAUAUUUUUCUUUUUUCGCUUUGCGUUGUGUGUUUAAAGCUCUUUACAACCUCAUCUGCAGUGAACACACACUAACCCUCCUCAUUGUUCCUCACCAGCAGACAGUCAAAAGGUUGCAUGAGUUUAGCCAGCAGCAAUAACACACACACAUAUACACACACACACACCAGCUCCUGCAACCACUAUGAAAUUAGAAGCUCUACCAGCACUCGCUCUUGGCUCAGCGGAGAGACGACUCUGAAGGUCACACCGUGACCUCCAAAAGAGACACAUGUUUUGUUUUCCUAGAAGUUGACAUAUUUCUCUGGAAGCAAAUCUUCUAAGGCUCUCCUCAUUCUAAUACUUCCAUAACAGCCGCGACAUAAUCAGUUUAACAGCAAGAAAUCAGAGUGUGUAUGUAAUAUCCUAUAAGAAAGUGUAUUUUUCUUCUCGGCAUCCUCUGCCUCCCCAUGUUCAGAUGUGAAGCUUUAAUUUUCAGGAUGGUUUCUGUACAAAUGACAUGGUAAUGUGCAUAUGUAUUUCUUAUUUACCUUUUACGCCUUCUUUUUUAAAAAAACUUGUUCUGUAACAUCGGAUAAAUGCACUAUAAUAAAGAUUUCUAUUGUACAUCUGC